AUGAUGCAGUAUCAGAACUUUGUCCAUGCCUCCAAGGACCACCAAUUGGUGGUAAUGAAUGAGUUAUUCGAACCUUGCCAGGGUUUAAUCAGGCUGACAGUCGAUGACGAUGGAUUCAUGCCAAGAGCCCGAGAAUUGGACAAUUACAAAGAAUUUAUCGAAUUGGUGAGAUCAACUCUUAUACAAGUGUGCCUUGAAGUUGAAAUGGAAGCCAGUUCAUCGUCAUCUUCCACCGGUAACCGCAGAAAGUUGUUAGAAGAUGUAGUGAAUGCACAUCCAAGGUUAGGUGAAACCAAGAAACAGCUCUCUACACACUCGAUGCUGGAGCAGAAGAAUCUACAAAGUAGUCAAGAUUCGCCAGAAAUUCAAAAGAAACUCCUUGAGUUAAACCACGAAUAUGAGAAAGUUUACCCCGGACUAAGGUUUGUAGUGUUUGUCAAUGGCAGGACCCGGUUGGAAAUUAUAAGAAUUAUGGAAUCGAGAAUUACGUCUGGAAAUGACUGGUUCAAGGAAGUGCGUACUGCAAUGCAAGAACUUUGUAACAUUGCACAAGAUCGCUAUCGCAAGAAUAGUAGUCGAUUGUGA